AUAUUACCUUUUUAUUCUCCAUCAGAUCAGCUGUCUUUAAAAAUUAUAAGCUGAAUACAUCUUCUACUUUCAUGUAAUAGGUACUAGGAAAAAAAACCAAAAGUUUGAGUUUUUUUAUAGUAACGAUUCUGGGCUAGCAAAAUUCACGUUAAUGUUGAGGAGAUCGAUCCAAAUCGGCCACCUGCCACCGGUGCGCAGCCUGGCCGGCUUCGGUUCCAGAUUUAACUACCAGAGCCUCCGCAAGCUGUCCCCCCAUCACGGUGAGAACUACUACCAGGUGCUGAAUGUGCCUGUGUGCUCCAGCCACCAGGAGAUCAAGAGUGCCUUCAUUGAGCUCUCGAAGAAGUAUCAUCCGGAUGGUAACUCCCAGACGCGUGACUCGGAGGUCUUCAUGAAGAUCUGUGAGGCCUACCAGACGCUGCACCGGCAAAACUCGCGCCAACUGUAUGACUCCUGCCUGCGAAUGCAGCGCCAGACCACCUCUCCGUCGGAGACGGCCUUUACCAGCCGACAAAUCUCGACCAGGUGGUCCCAGUACCAAUCUGCCAUGAGGAGCAAGCAGAUGAGCCGCAACUCCCAGACGUAUCCAAGAACCAAGACUAUCAUUUUUAGGCCCAGAAAGGCCAGCCAGUACUUGCCCAUGUGCAUAGCCAUGGAUCUGCAGAAGCCUUGGGAGCUGAUGAUAGACCCGGCAAAUGGAGACGAAUACAAAGACGGAAGAGGUGAGGAAGGAGACGAUGGAUACGAAGAUUGGUUCCGAAAAUCCUGGACGAACUAUUUCCCCUUCAUCUUCUACCUGUAUGCGGCAGGACUCUGCGGGGUGGGCGGUCUAGUUUCCAUGGACUUGGUCAGAAGAAGCCAUAACAAGCCAAUGUCAGAGGAUGACAUCGAGCCCAGUUCAUUCGAAUGAUCUGAGAUGUGGUUUCUGGACUGCGGAUAAGACCUCAACAGAGACACUUACCAAACUCACAGCCGAUCCCAUGCAUCAUUUUGUCUUCUUUAAAAAAAUAAUCAGAAAACAUCUAAUGUCGAAUGAGAGGCGGCAUCUCAUACAUAUGCAUGGGACAUGGACACUGUCAGUGCCUGUACUCUGCCUGGUCUUGUUUGGAAAGAAAAAUAUAUAAAUCUGAUCGUUAA